AUGCCUGCUGCGUCGUGUCGGGGUAUUGCAGCUUCUAAAAUCUCCUCUGGCGGUUUUAAAAAAGAGAUCGAGGCUCCUGUAGAAGCUUCAACAAGCCAAGAAGACCGCAUCGAGGGAUAUGAUCCAGAGCUGAUGGGCGCUAGGACGCUGCUCACGGCAGAAGAGGAAAAGAAGUUACUGCGCAGGAUUGAUUGGCGGCUUAUGUCGCUUUGCUCGCUUAUUUUUAUGUUCAAGAAUCUGGAUAGCAAUAACAUAUCCAAUGCUCGGAUUAUGAACCAGGGCACGGACCAUAAUAUCAUGACGCAGCUUGGAAUUACGUCUAAUGAGUAUAACUUGGUCACGGUGCUUUACUAUGUCCCUUAUAUCGUCUUGGAAGCACCCUCAAAUCUACUUCUCAAGAGAUUCUCUCCUUCCAAAUGGCAAUCCAGGAUUAUGAUCAGCUGGGGUAUCUUUCUGAUGUGCAAUACUGCGGUGAAGAAUAAGGGUGGCUUGUAUACCACCCGGUUCUUGCUGGGAGUGGCCGAAGCUGGCCAGUUUCCUGGUGUCAUUCUCCAGAUGACAUACUGGUAUCGCCCAGACGAGAUGUCCCUGCGAUUACUUUAUUUUUAUAUUUGCGGAAACAUCUCGAAUAUCUUCGGCGGUCUUCUUGCUUACGCCUUUGACACUGUAUCUGGUGCAGGAGGCCUUUCUGGAUGGCAAUGGCUAUUCCUCGUAGAGGGCAUCGCAACCGUCGUUUUCGGCGUUGCCAUCUGGUUCCUACUUCCCGACUUCCCCGAGACGGCAUCGUGGUUGUCCGAGAAAGAGAAGAAAUUCAUCCAGGCCCGGCUCCCAUCCAACGCCCCUCGAGCCAGCGAGCAGAACUUCAAACUCCGCGAGGUCAUCGAGUCUCUGAAGGAUCUGAGGCUGUGGCUGUUUACCUUCAUCUGGGCGACCUUUACUGUAGGCACGCACGGCGUGACAUUCUACCAGUCCACCGUUAUCGCCAACCUUGGCUAUACGAGCAUUGCCCAGGCCCAACUACUCAAUAUCCCCAUAACAGUCUGCGGACUGCUCUUCAUCGCCAUUACAGGCAUCACAGCAGACCGCAGUCGGAUACCGAGACCUAUAUACCCGCUUUCGUUUCUUCUCGUCAUCAUUGUCUGCUACGGGGUGUUUGUUGCAUACCCGAGUAACGGCGCUAUAUACGCCGUAACGUUGAUCGGGAAUGCUUUGACGGCGGGCUGGUAUCCUGUGAUGUGGCCUUGGCGCGUCCAAACCACCUCCCGAGCCACAGGCUCUGCCUUCUCAAUCGGGUUCGUCAACAGCUACGGGCAGAUCGGGGGUGCCAUUGGCCCACAGAUAUUCAAGAGCGAGUAUGCGCCACGCUACAGCGUUCCGUUCUCCGUCGCCAUGGGGCUCGUCGGACUUUGUGCGAUCUUGACUCUGGUGACGUGGUGGGUGACUUGGGAGACAGAGCGGGAUACGAGACGAUUGAAACUGGCGAGAAUUGCGGCGGAGAAGAAGGGCGAGGUUAUUUUGGAGGAUUUGGUGGAUCGGGACUUGAAAAGGAAUUAA